AUGAGCGACGACAACUUUAGUACGCCGGAGCAGUCGUCGGAAGAAUCUGAUUCGGAGGUUGAAGACGGCGGUGACGGUGUGAAUUAUAGUGCAAAUUUCGUGACAGACAAGGUUUUUCGAACGUUUGAUGAAGCAGUUAGUUGGGCAGAUGCUGUUGCAAUAAAUCUGGGAUUUAUUUUGGUGAAAUCGUCUUUCAACAGACAGAGAGAUGGUCGACCAUAUCGAUAUUUAAGAUGUGAUCGGGGACGCAGGAAUAAGCCGAGAGAUCUUGAGAACGCAAUAAGGAAGGACACGAAAACCAAAGCCAAUGGUUGUCCUUUCUACAUCAAGAUAUCUUUCAAUUUUGUCAACGACUGUUGGUUAAUCACGGCGAAAAAUGAUGUAACUGGGACCCACAACCAUCCAAUGAUUGCGUAUCAAGAGGGGCAUCGUAAAAUAAGCGGGUUAAGCCCAGAAGCGAAGCAGGUUGUGCGUAACAUGACCAAGUCUAAGGUAGCACCGCGUAACAUCAUGGCGACCAUUGCCGAGAAAUUUCCUCAGGAUCAUCCAGACAUUAGACACAUCUACAACUGCCGAAAUGACUUCAGAACCGAGAUGUCAGAUGGGAGAGGAGUUGUUCAGCAGUUUCUACAUUUGGCUAGACAGAGUCAGUAUGUCUACUGGGUAUUGUCUGAUGAUCAAGGCGUUUUACAGCACGCCUUCAUGGCGCAUCCAGUCAUGGUAGACAUCCUACGGACGUACCCGCAUGUGAUCGGUAUGGAUUCCACAUACAAGACCAACCGAUACGGAAUGCCGUUCUUUGAGAUAGUUGGUGUGACACCGAAAAAUCAAAAUUUCCUCGUCGGUUACGUCUUCAUGCGCAACGAGUGCACGGCCAGCUAUCGAUGGGUUUUGCAGAGAUUGAGAGACUUGAUCGGUUUUGAUAAGGAACCGUCGGUUUUCUUGACUGAUCGUGAGCUGGGGCUAGUUACGGCAUUGAAGGAAGUGUUUCCAGGGACCUCGCACUUACUUUGUCGAUGGCAUAUUAACAAAGAUGUUGAGGCUCGUGUCACUGAUAUGUUCAAAAGCAAAAAGGUUGGUGCGACAUUCAAAAACGGGAGAUGGAAACGUGUGAUGGACGCUGCAACCGAGGAGGAUUAUGAGGCUGCUGUAGAGACGAUGAAACUGAAAUGGGCAAGUUAUCCAAAGGUGAUAGAGUAUGUUGAGAGGACUUGGCUUUGUCAUAAAACAAAGUUUGUGACCAUCCUCAACAAAAACCUCGUUGAGGAAGGAAGGAUGAGUACGGUUUCCACUCUUGUCCAGAAACAAACAUUCGCCAAGAACUAA